GAGUUUUCUUUUAUCCAUAAUAUAUGCCAAUCGCAAUUCAUACGCGCAUCAUUUUGAUCCUGUCAUUUAUUGUUUAGAAUUUUGUAAAUUAAUUAUCAAAUACACAAGAAAAGUAUUACAAAUCGUAUUAAUACGUGUAAUAAUUGUGUUUCAUUGUGCAAUUUGUAUACUAUAUAUAUAUAUUUUAUGUCUAUAGUAAAUGCGCACAGUUUUCAUAAGCAAAGCAUAAUAUUCUUUAAAAAAUCUCCACAACCCUGUAACCCAUUAUAUUUUACAAUUAUUUACCUAAAAAUAAUGUAAUUUAUUCAUUUGCGGAAAGAGUGGUAUUUAAAUACGUCGAAAGUACAGGUUAUGAAAGUAAAGGUUUUUAUGAGCAAGGAAGAUUGUUAACAGUUUAAUAUUUGUAUGACAAAUAAUUUUGUUAAAAAUGACAGACCCUAAGGAAAAUGCAACGAAAAAAUUUAUUAAUGACUUAACCGAUUACUUGAAGGAAAACAAACUUAAAGAAGUUUUAAAUCUCUUUGAAGACAAUAGUUAUGACAAUAUCAUUCAAGAAUCUUCGUGGUAUAUUGUACCAAUUGUAUCUUCUCAUCUUACCAAUGAAAACACAAAGUAUAAUGCAGAAUUAAUUGAAUGCUGCACAAAAAUAUUAAAUAUUAUAGUAGAAAAAUGUAAUCCUUCUGAGACUGUAUUAGAACUGUUAGAACAAGUUGAAGGUCCAGAGAUUCAUGUGAAAUUUUGUAUAGUUCUAAAGGUACUUAAUAAGUGCCUGAAUAAAAUGAAUGAUAAGAUGAAAGCCAUAGAGUGGUGUAGCAGUACAAUAAGAUCUUAUGUUGACAGUUUACCAAUACCAGAUAAGGAUUCCCCAAGUAGUACUAUAACUAUAAAUAAAAUACAGAAUAUUUAUAUCGCGAUUAUAUCAUUCUUGGAACCAUUGGUGGAGGAAGCAAGAUUAGAAAAUUCAGAAAAGUGUGCCACAUUGAAAGAUUACCUUGCGAGUAUCCUAAUUUUUUUAAUGGGAAAACCAUUGAGUCAUCUCCCAGAAAAAUGUUUAAAACAGCCUAUGCCAGAAAAGAUUGUAACUCUUGUAAGUCAAAUAACUGGAGAUUUGCUUUGGUUUUUAAAUAUUGUGAAUUUAAGAUGUAAAAGAACCAAUUCUAAGAAGAAACGCAUAGAAGAAGAAUGUCAUAAUCUUAAAGUAACACUUUUUGAAUUAGAUGAAAAUAUAUCAGACUUAGCAUAUGCUAACUUUUAUUUUUAUGUCAUAACAAGGAUACAUUUAUGGGAGAGAGUACCACAAGUAUAUGAUUUCCAGUAUAUUUUUCAAGCAUGUAUAUAUCUUAUUAUUAAGUUACUUGAAGACCAGGAAACAGUUGCAAAAGGAUUAAGUUUAAUGGAUCAAUUACUAAAAAGACUGAUAAGACGUUCCUUAACAUCAGAGUUACUGGAGCUUAAUAUUUAUUUACAGUUGUUUGAUACAAUUACAAAGCUGAUGAUUUGUUAUUUUAAUAAUAACAAAGAAAGGAAAAGAGCUUUAAUCAUAUUUCAAGAAUAUGUUGAAAUGUUUGACAUGCAAGCUAGAUAUUUAAUCGUUUUUCGGUUGUAUCAGACUAGUAAAUACUCAGGUCUGCUUAGUUUAACUACUGGAAUAGUCAAGGAUUCUGUCAUUGAAUGCCUUCAAUCGGUACCACUUAUUCCAUAUUUUCUUGGUAAUAAUUUAGAGUCUCUGAUUAAAUUAGCUUGUAAAUUACCACAUGGAAGCGCAUCAGACUUGGUAGAAUUAUCUGAUGAGAUAAUCACUAGCUUAAACCUUUUGAGAUUUCUAUUUAUUAGAGACCAACAGAAUCAAACUGGAAUUUGGAAUUUAGUAGAUAAAUUGGAGAAAGAUUAUUUAAAACCACUCAGAGAAGGUAUAUAUUUAUGCAGAGCACAUUGGAAGGUGAAGGUAAAGGAUGUAGAAGAACAAAAGAAAGCUAUUAAAGCAAAUGCAAAAACAGAAUUAGAAAGGAAUGAUAUUGAAGCACCAUUACCUGUGGGAGGUGAAAAAUUGUCACCAAUACCAAUUCUAAAUAAACUUUCAUUGUGCUAUCAAGCAGUGAAUGGGCUUGAUGUAAUGGAAAGCAUUUUGAUUAGAGUUAAUGAAUGCAUUAUGAAUAAUCCUCUUAAGUAACUCAGUAAUAGUACUGUAAUUUCAGAACAAUAGCUCCAUAUUUUUAAUGUGUACAUUAUUUGCUGUUAAAUAAAAUACUUUUUCAUUUGCAA